AUGUGUCAUCCAAGUUCACAUGACGUCACCUGCAAAUGCAACUCAACUCCUGAUUGCCCAAUUUCAGCCAAGGACCCAGAUGAGCAACCCAACAUGCUCACCAACCCAUUGAUCUCCAAACCCAACACAAACACAACACAAACACAAACACUAAUACCACCACCUUAUGAACAACGAAAAAUAACAACCACCAAAGGUGGUGAUUUCAUCAAGGAAGUGAUUUCCACAUCCAAAAUAGCCAUCCCAAUGAUCCUCACUGGCCUUUUACUCUAUUGCCGCUCCAUGAUCUCUAUGCUUUUUCUUGGCCACCUUGGUGAGUUAGCCUUAGCCGGUGGCUCACUAGCUCUUGGCUUUGCAAACAUCACUGGCUACUCAAUCCUCUCUGGUCUUGCAGUUGGAAUGGAACCCAUUUGUGGACAAGCUUUUGGUGCCAAAAGGUUCACACUUCUUGGCCUAACCUUGCAAAGAACCAUUCUUUUGCUUCUUUUCACUUCCAUACCCAUAUCACUCCUUUGGCUUCACAUGAAGCAAAUUCUUCUCUUUUGUGGCCAGGAUCAAGCUAUAGCCACACAGGCCCAAUCAUAUCUUCUUUACUCCAUUCCUGAUCUCAUAGCACAAUCACUUUUGCAUCCUUUGAGAAUUUACCUUAGGACUCAAUCCAUUACUCUGCCUCUUACCCUUUGUGCCACUUUUUCAAUUUUGCUUCACAUACCCAUAAACUAUUUUCUUGUUUCUCACCUUAGGCUUGGGAUUAAAGGGGUGGCUCUUAGUGGGGUGUGGACAAAUUUCAACCUUGUGGCUUCUUUGAUUCUUUAUAUUGUUUUCUCUGGCACUCAUAGGAGAACAUGGGGCGGUUUCUCUCUUGAGUGCUUCACACAGUGGAAGUCUCUUCUCAAUUUGGCCAUUCCAAGUUGCAUUUCUGUGUGCUUGGAAUGGUGGUGGUAUGAGAUCAUGAUUUUGCUUUGUGGGUUGUUGGUGAAUCCCAAAGCAACCGUUGCUUCAAUGGGAAUUUUGAUCCAAACCACUUCGUUGCUCUACAUUUUCCCUUCUUCAUUGAGCUUCAGUGUUUCAACUAGAGUUGGCAACAAGUUAGGUGCACAAAAGCCCUCAAAGGCAAGGCUUUCUGCCAUUGUGGGCUUGUCUUGCAGCUUCAUUUCAGGUGUCUCAGCACUUAUUUUUGCUCUUUUGGUUAGGAACAUAUGGGCUAGCAUGUUCACCAAAGACAAGGAGAUUAUAACACUUACAUCUAUGGUGUUACCUAUAAUAGGCCUUUGUGAGCUUGGAAAUUGCCCUCAGACAACAGGUUGUGGAGUGCUGAGAGGCACAGCAAGGCCUAAAGUUGGUGCUAACAUCAACUUGGGAUGCUUCUACCUUGUGGGAAUGCCUGUGUCCAUUUGGCUUGCUUUUUUCGCUGACUAUGAUUUUCAAGGCCUUUGGCUUGGCCUGCUUGCAGCUCAAGGGUCUUGUGCAGUGACCAUGUUGGUGGUUCUGGUUAGAACAGAUUGGGAUUUUGAGGCUCAAAGGGCUAAUAAACUCACAGGAACAGGAGUAGCUGGUGGUGUUGAUCAUAAUCAUGAGGUCGAUGAAGAAAAGCCACUCAAACGUGAAAGCAAGGAAGAUUCUUUAUCAUUAGCUACUUCAGCUGGAGAUGAACAGUGCUUGGUUUAA